AUGGUGCCCUCAUCACCGCCGACCAGCGAGAAGGUUGGUGCCCUGGAGAGGAUCAGUUGGGAGCUGGACCAGUUCGACAAUGACCCGCCGCAUGGCAUCUACAUGGCCCCGUACCGCGUGCAGGUCACCAUCCAAGGCCCGCACGGCUCCCCCUAUGAAGGCGGGAUCUUCAAGCUCGACUGGUCCUACUCCCCACACCACCCCACGCGUCCGCCCAUUGUCCGGUUCCUGACGCGGAUCUACCACCCGAGCGUGGAUGACGAGGGGAAGCUGGGCCUGCGCGUCCUGGGACCGGGCCUGUGGCGCAAGGAGUUCACCAUCAGGCAGAUCCUGCUCGACAUCAAGCUGCUGCUCUUGGACCCCGGCACAGGUGGCUAUCCCCUGGUGCCGGGCGUGAGGGACAUCUUCAACACCGACCUGGAUCAGUUCAAUCGUUUGGCCAGGGGGUGGACUCGCCAAUACGCCGGGCGAGACCAGGCUUGUCGGCCCGCUGGCGAGGAGGGGGAGGAGGAGGGCUAUUCGAGGAAGAAGAGGCCCAACAACUUUGCCGGUCCACCACUGCCGCCACCCUCGAGCCUGCUGCACCAGCCACCGGCCAAGCGCCGGCGGCCCGACACCCCAGAGACGCUCACGCUCCCGCUCCCGCCUCCGCUUCACCCCAUCACCCUCCGACUCCUUCUACUCCCUGCUCCCUUUCCCCCCUGCGACCGACCACCAUCACCGCACCACCGCCAGACACCACUCCUGCGGCAUUCCCGCCACUCCACUCCAUACGGGCGCCCGCUGAACCGACGGCUCAGGGCGCAGAGCUUGACGGUCGAGUCGGGGCGGGCGGUGUUCGCGCGGGAGGAGGUCAGCUACGCGGCCUUCCUGCUGCUCGACGCCGACGACCUCGCCCAGAUGGGCCUGCCCAUCGGGCCGCGCAAGGUCCUUCUGGCCAGGAUCCACCAACUGCGCAACAACGACCAGCAGCACCACGAAUCCGAACAUGUUGUGUAA